CGUCAAACUCACUGCGGGCGUGACGUGACUUUGCCCACUGAGGAUCUUUUGCGAAAGUUAAAAAGUUCUCGUCUCGGAAUUACUGUGCGAACUGUUUAAAACACGAUAUGCUCAGGCUCCAGAAGCGCUUGGCGUCCAGCGUCCUGCGCUGCGGCAAGAAGAAGGUUUGGUUGGACCCCAACGAGACCAACGAGAUCGCCAACGCCAACUCGCGCCAGCAGAUCCGCAAGCUGGUGAAGGACGGCCUGAUCAUCAAGAAGCCCGUGACGGUGCAUUCCCGGGCCCGCUGCCGCAAGAACACGCUGGCGCGCCGCAAGGGACGUCACACGGGCUACGGUAAGCGCAAGGGUACCGCCAACGCCCGUAUGCCCGAGAAGCUGUUGUGGAUGCGGCGCAUGCGGAUCCUGCGCCGUCUCCUCCGCCGCUACAGGGAGUCCAAGAAGAUUGACAGGCACAUGUACCACAGCCUGUACCUAAAGGUCAAAGGUAACGUCUUCAAAAACAAGCGCAUUCUGAUGGAGCACAUCCACAAGCUGAAGGCUGACAAGGCUCGCAAGAAGCUCCUCGCCGACCAGGCCGAGGCUCGCCGCACUAAGACGAGGGAGGCCCGCAAGCGCAGGGAAGAGCGUCUGCAGGCCAAGAAGGAAGAAUUCAUCAAAAACUUGGCCAAGGAGGAACAAGCCGGCAAGUAGCGAGUACGUCCCGCUCAGCAUUUGUGUGUGUGUGUGUGUGUGUUUUUUUUUUUUUUUAAAUAAAUUUGAGUUCACUUGCCGGCUAAUGUCUUGUUUUUCUGUUUGGAUGUUGGACCAUAAGUAUGUACAGAUACAAAAGAAACUGGUUCCAUUUGGAUGUACCAAUAAACUUCCAUCGUGAA